AUUGUGCGGCGGUGUGUGUACAAAUUUGGCCGAUACGAAGUCUAGCGGCAACAUGGAUAACUCGCUGGUAUUGACCUCAACUGGUGUUGAGAAUCAGCAAUACCAGAAUAUUUUGCUGGCCAAUGUACAGAAACUAUGGAAUAACAAACAGAUGCUGGACAUAACAUUCCAGGCCGAUGGUCAGGAAGUGCAAGCACAUCAGCUGGUUCUGGCAGCGGCGAGUAAUGAUCUCUGUGAUGCCCUCAGUCAGAUCCAGAAAACCACGAAACAUGCUGUGCUGGAUCUGAACAGAUCAGGUAUUACUAUGGCAGGCCUCAAGGAACUUCUUAACUAUCUUUACUGUGGUAAGAUGAAGUUAAACCCACAGCUGUGUCAGGAUGUAGCCAAGGCAGCCAAAACCCUUCACAUCCCUCAGGUGGUGGCUCUCUGUGCACUUUUCAGAGCCACAUUCAUGCCAGGAACUCCACUGGCAGACACUCAGAUAGGUGUGACCAGUCAGACUCCCAUUUUAAAUGACAUGUGGAAAGUAGGGCAGACAAAGGAAGUAGCUACAACACAUGCAUCAAGUACCAAGUCCAGCCCUAAGCCUGGCCCCAGCUUUGUAGCCGCACCGCCGGUCAUUGACCAGUCCAUGGUCACAAGCCUGGCAGAAAGUAAGAUCCCACCCCCUGUGGAUAAAGUGGAGCUAUACAGAGAACUGACAAGUCACAAACAGAAGUGGAUGGCUGAUGUCAGUGACAAAGGUGGCUCUAAAACCCCCAGUAAAGAUGACAAAAUAGUACAGAUAAGCAGACCAGUGCGACCUGUAGCUUUGGUGGCUAAUCUGAAACAUGUUCCAGCCCCAAAAGCUGCCAGGCCUCUACCCGUUCCCAACAAGAUAGAGCCAGCUGAUGAAUCUUCCGAGAACUAUGCUGGGGCUAAACCAGGUAAGAAUUCCACCGCGGUAAAACCUACCCAGGAUUUCAAAAUGGUAAAAGUUAAAGAAGAGCCUGUUGACGAUUUCCCAGACAUGUGCCCAGCUGCCAGUGUCACCCAGUCUAAUGAGUCUGCUGGUAAAAGUGGAACAAGUCCCACCAUCAUACAACAGGUCACAGAAGCAGAAGUGAAGCCUCAGCACAAAGCUGGUCAGACAGCUGUAGAACCACCUUCGUUUACAGAUGUACAGAUAAAGGAGGAGCCUAUGGAUUGUGAUGAAGAGGCAUUUCACUCAGAUCCUGUAGUACCAGUGAGUUUUGUAAGGGUGACUAAAUUGAGAGAAAAGGUGGAUGUAUCGGUGGACUCAGUCAUUCCAAAGGUAGAAGAUCCCAGCUUCUUGGCUGACAUUGGUGAUGUCAGUGACUCAGAUUCCAUAGGCUUGGCAGGUGACACUGCGGAUUUGAGUAACAAGGAGAAGGCCACCACAGUUAAUCCGCUACCUUGCCUUGUUAAGCAGGCCGCUGCAUUUGGUGCAGCAGCAACUAAACCGAACACGCCUCCUGUGUACUACAAAUAUAAGCGAAGGAAGCAAAGGCGAGGAAGAACUCACUAUGUUAAACCUCAAACCAUAGAGCCUGUGGAUUCUGAGCCUGUCAAAAAGCAGAAGAGAGAUAUAGAGCAGACUAAUAACCAGUCUGUGAGAAUUGUUCAUGUGCCUCUACCAACAGGUGCUACUCUCGUCAAACCAUUUGCUGUCACCUCGAAUGGCAAGAAAACAACAGCAGUAGAGAAGUCUAUUGACGUAAGAAACACAGAAGAGGAGACUCUGCCAAAGUACCCCUCCUUUCCUUCUGCCAGCGGCGACGCCCAGCUCAAGACCUAUGUUCAAGUUGUAAAGCCGCAAGCUACAACGGCCACAGAAGUGAAACAGUCUAAAGAUCCUGCCACUCUUAUCAGCAAAGGUGUGAUCAAAACCACAAUACCUGCAGCAGCAGCAGCAGCAGCAGCCAUAUCUGCUGUCCCGUCAACCUCUGAAACAGAUCACCAGGGAAGUACUGAAGCUUUGGCGUCGUGCUUUGUACGGGCACGGGGCAUAAAAAAUUACAAAAGUUCGUACAGCACACCGCAUUCAUUGAGAAAUUAUGAUGCCCCCAACUCAAAAUACAGGGAUGUUAGCCUGGGAAAAGAUGCAAUGGACAAAAUAGCAAACAAGGAUGGGAAAAAACUGAUACUACUAUCAUCUGUUGUGAGAAAUGGUUGCAAAGGGCGAUUUCAUAUCUCCUGUAUCCUCUGUCAUUUUUUGUUUAGUUCUGUGGAAAGUUGUGAGAAGCACAUUCUUCGUAAACAUUUCCCAGGUGAGCUGAUCUUUGCAGACACUAAGGAAGGACAAAAAAAAGUCGAGCUGGAAAAGAACACUCCUGAAGAUAAAAAAGUGAUGUUUCUCUGCUCUUGUUGCGGGUAUGUCACCCACAAUGAGAGGUUUAUCUACCUUCACAGAUUCUACCAACAUGAGGUGCCCAUUCUCAAGAACAUGAUAGAGCCGUACUGCGAGGCUUGCGAGCUGUUACUGAACAAUGACACGGACAUGGAGGCUCAUCAGAAGCUGCACUGUAAUCACUACAUUUGUAACACCUGCUACAAACGCUACAUUUGCCUUGAUGCCCUCUGCCAUCAUGUCAGGGAGGCACAUAACAUCCAGGGCAAUACUGAGCUGUUCAUUCGUCAGGUUACGUAUGACUGAAUAGGAACAGCCAAUAAGUGCUCUCAGUCAUUUAGGGCUCUCUAUCACUUACAUAGACAAUCACACCUUUUUUGUGUGAAUUCUAACAUUGCCAGCCAUGAUUGCAUUAAGUGUCUGUUAACUUCUAGUAACUGCAAAAAAUGUAGUGAAAUUGACAGCAGCAUGUACAUGUAACAGCAUCGUACAGAUAGUAUGGUAUGAUACUAGUUUGGUAUAGGAAACUAUUUUUUUCUCUGGAAAAAAUUCAAUUUCUAGGCCAUCAGUAGAUAAUGGGGAUAAACUCUUCAAAUAGAUCAUGCAGACUAGUUUUUAAUACCCAUUCUCCAGGUUUUCAAGUCUUAGGGUUAAUCUGUAAUACUUUACAGCUAAGUGCAUUACAGUAACUAUGGGACAGCAUUGAAUAUUCAGAUUUGUUUAUAGUUUGUCACAUACCCAACAUAAAAUCACAGUGCAUUGCACAUUUAGGCAGAGACUGAAGUGUUAUUACCAUGUAUACAACUGUUGGAGAAUUUUGCUUUUUACACAUGAUUAUAUAGCCAUACUUUACCUUUGUUACAUUCAGUACUGUUGUAUAUAUAUGUAAAUUAUUAGUAAUUAGCAGACUUUUCACUGCACUGUUGAAAUGUAAAAUACUAGUAGCUUCACUCCUGUAAUCUGUAGUUCGCUCAUGUUUAAAUAACUUUAAAAAGCGCAUGCUUAGUUCCCGCUUUAUACCUUUGGUCAUUGUGUGACAUUUGUGUGGUUAGGGAGGAAUUAUAUACCCUUGUUGAUACAAAUGUUCUUUUGGAAAAUUAUGUCAUCAUAGAAUCUUUAAUGUAUAUGUAGAAAAUAAUUGUACACUUUGUAGUCUUUUUUGUUAUUUCCUUCAUUUUUCAUUGUUAUUUUUGGAAAUUUAAUUAAAUAGAAGGAUGUGGAAAUGUCUUCAUUCAUUAACCUUUACUGAAAAGCAUAUUGCAAGUGACUGGUUAUGAUGUAAUGGUAUAUAUACUCUUUUCUUAGAUACUGUGAAAUACUUACCUAAUUUUGAUGCAUCAGAUGCUCUAUUGCUUCUGAUGUCAGUUAGUAUAUUGAGGGUGUUCAAGUCUGAAAGGUACCUAAAUAAUUAUUUCUAAAGGUUUUGUUUUUAUUGAGUGCCUCUUGAAAGCUGUUGACAGACUGCCACGGUUGACCAAUUCUUGAUAUGUUACUGUGUUUAUACUAUAUCAUAGAACAUCAGCAUUUUUGAGCAUCACAGAGUCAGAAUAAUUUUGAUAAUUAAAUCAGUAAGUUGAAGUUAAACAUUUACUAGUAUUGUAUGAAGGACGAGAUAUGGAGGACUGGGCACACUUUCACAUGGCUUUUCAAGUCAAUUUUUCAUAAUUUUUGUUUGUAAUAUUUACAAUGUUGCUUUGUAGCAGUAUAGCUGAUGUCAUUUAUGAAAAAGUUUUGAGAAAUUUGAAUGACUGAAUUUUAUGAAAAUAGCCCCUGGAUUGUAAGUCAUAAUGUGCUGCCCAGUGGAGACAUGGAGACCAAUGUUGGCAAAUAAGAGGGUUUAUCUCCCCCUGAGUUCUUGAAUGUCGUCGGUGAAUGUAAUGAGUAAACUACAUUUUAAAUGAUGCUUGCUUUGUGAUGUUCAGGUGGAACUUUUCACAUAGGGACGUUUACUAGUGUGUGAAUUCCUUAGAUUUCUCACUAGAAGCCAGUGACACAAUAUAGAAACAGUCACAUAAUUUGUCCCCUGGAUAAGGAAUAUGUUGUGAUUGCACAGGGGAGAUAACCGCUCGUAAUGGAAAAACUGUACUGAGGGCAGUCUAGGUGUAACAUUAUGACAUCCUCUUAUAAUUAUUACAUCUGUUGUUACGGAAUAUAACAGUCUCGACAACAAGGAAAAGUUGUGAAGAAAAACGUUUUAAACUUGCAUUUUGUAAUUUUCUAUCCAUGUGAUUGUUGGCACAUAUCUUCAUUGGCGAGUAAGAUAAGCAUCUUGUGACAGAUUAAUUGUUUUGGGACGUCCAUACAUCGAGAAAUGUAAGACUCCAUGAAUGAAUGAAUGAAUGAAUGAAUGAGAUUCAGAUAUGCUCUUGUGUAAAUUAUAGGCCUACUAGUAUGAUUGUGUAUGCAUAUUAAUCCUGUUUUUCAUUUUACCCUGGUUAAAACUGUAAAUCACCCUGCUGGCAUAAGGGUAAAAAAAUUCUUUUGCAUUCAGAUCAUUUAUUGUUAAUGUACAUAUAUAUCUUACAUGUGUUGUGUGUGAAGAAGUGACACCCUUUAAAGUAACGUUGCCUAUGUAGGGAAACAACAUAUUAAAGAGGAUAAUGUACUAAACUAAAUAAUGCUGCAGCGACCAGAGUGUUUCUUGUGCACCUGGUUCCUUGCCAAGUAAAGUCCAUCCACUUAUUAACAAGUUCUGUAUUUCACCUAAAAGUUUUUCCUAUAAAAAUGCACUCGGAGAAGCACUUAAAGGCUGUGAAAUGAUACUUUUGAUGCGAGGACUGAAGAUGUGAAGUGCAUAUGAAUUAAUCUGACAGACUAGCAAAAGGUGUCAAUUGAAAAAAGCUGCGCUUGAAUAAUUUCUUUUUUCCAUGUAAUGUACAGAAUGUACUGCUGCUUUUUUUUGAAAACAUACGGAAUGGCAGUGGCACUUUUUAGUCAGGGCUGAAUAAUAUCAACAUAUUAAACUGAUAUUGCUUUGCGUUAGGCAGUUUAGGUAUGUGGGCAAGCAGCGUGUUACCUCCGACAACUUGCAAAAAACAUCCUUAAUUCUUGUGGUAAGUAGUAUAGGAUUUAUUUAUUUGUUUGAUUGGUGCUUUACGCCAUACUCAAAAAUAUUUCGCUUAAAUUAAGGUGGGAGGAAACUGGGCACAGCCUGGGGGAAACCCACGAUCAUCCACAGGUUGCUGAGAGACCUUCCCACUUAUGCCCAAGUAGAAUAUGAGAAGAAUACCUUAUAGCAUUUAGGGUCCAGUGGGGAUGUGAACUGUAGUACAAGAAGCUAUGCUGCUCAUGUAUGUAGUACUUGUUGAAUGUAAUUAUUAGCCAUUUUGCUUUGUUGUUUCUUCUGUAUUUACACAUUUGUUGCUAUAAAUCACCAUUAACCCCUCUCCAUGUAUAUUUAAAUUGAAUAGGUGUAGUUUCCGAAGUGGACAUAGAUGACACCAUUCAAUUAUAAAUGUUUUAUAUUGUAUCUGAAAAGCUCUGUAUACAGAAUCACCUCUUCAUCCAAAAUCCUGUGGGAAGAAGGCAAAUAGCAGUUCUCAUGACAAGAUGCUAUGCUCCGAGCAGGGGUCUGCCUGGAGGAUGUCCUUGCAUGCAUCUGGUUUACACCUCAUAUGUACUAUCUUGGUUUGCGUUCUGUGUUAUCACAAAGUACAAUACACAGGUGUAUACAUUAUGGUUAUUGUUUGUGUGUAUUUUGUUAAUCUCUGUGUUGACCUUCGCUCUGGAGAGUGGCGAUAAUCAGUGUCACUGAGGAUUAUUU